CACACACAAACACACACACACACACACACACACACACACCCAACCCCCUGUGAUGCCAACCGCUCCAUGGCUGGACUGGGACGGCAUGUCUGACGAGAAGGCGGUUUAAUGUGAAACCAAACCUGGAUAUAAUGGAGGAAUCGAUGUGUUGACGAAGAUGCAUGAAAAAGACAGUCGGUCUCCGCGGCGGGAUGUUUGGCGAUAAACGAGCAGAGGAACACGGAGAGAGAAAUUUGAGUCACCAUAAUCCAUCUGGACGCUGGGGGGGAAGAUGAGGACCAUGAUGGCUUCGAUGAAAGCAGCAUUAUUCGUAUUUGUACACGGGGUGCUCCAGUAUGCUGUGUGCCGUGACGUAACCCUUCCCAUAGGAACCCUCUACCGCGUGGCAGGGUUCCCCAUCUCCCUCCCGUGUUCUGUAUCGGGACACGAAGGCCCACGCACGCAGGACUUCGAGUGGUUCCUGUACAGGGACGAUGCUGGCGGGAGACAGAUGGGAGUCGUGUCCACCAGGGACAAGGGCUUCCCCUACGCCCCAUUUCAGCCCCGGGUGACUAAUGGGGAAGUCAGGGUGGAGAGAGACUCUGGGGACAAAGUGCGACUGGUGAUCCAGAGGCUCCGGGCUGAAGACCAGGGGAAGUAUGAGUGCUACACACCCAGUACUGAUGCCAACUACCAGGGGAACUACAGCGCCACAGUUAGUGUCAAAGUGAUCCCUGACACACUCCAGGUCAGCUACAUCCGCUCACUCACCAACCAGCCCGUACCAGAGGGGGCUGAAUUGACGCUGACAUGCUCAGCUGGCAUCCAAUCAGAGCAGCUCACCCACCUGUCAGUCAUGUUCGGUAAGAAGAGUGGAGCGGAGGGUGCAGGGAGUGCCGGUGCAGGAGGGGAGGUGAGCACUGUUAGAGAGAUCAUCUCCAUUGACAAGAUGCUGGGGGUCGUCCCCGGACGCGGGUACAAGAAGAGGUACGAUGAGGGAGAGAUCACCCUGGAGAAGAGGAGUGGGGAAGGAGGCCUGGAUCUGUACGUGAUGAAGAUGAAGGGGGUGCAGCCGGACGACACUGGAUCGUACUUCUGUGAAUCUUCACAGUGGAUUCGGGACCCUGAUCGAUCAUGGCAGAAGAUCGCACAGAGGACGCUGGAUAUUGGCAACUUGACCGUUCAGCAACUAGCGGAGUCACUGAGUGUAACAUCCUCACCCCAAGGGGAGGUGACCCUGCAGAUCGGUUCCCCUCUCAUCCUGACCUGUGAGGUGUUAGGGAUGCCGUCUGAUGUCAACUCUGGACUUCUUGUUCAGUGGAUGAAGAGGGGAUCUGCAAGCAGCGAUGUAGGUGGAGCAGGGGGCGUCGAGGUUGAGGUUGCCCGGAUGAGCCCCGAUGGUGUAGUGAGCUGGGGGGACGACCUCAGCCGAUCUAGUGGAGGCUCUAUGGAGAAAGUGUCAGAGGGAAAGUACUCUCUGAAGCUGUUCUCGGCCCGCCCUCUGGACUCAGGUGUGUAUCGGUGUGUGGUGAGUGUGUACGCGGGGAGAAGAAAUCCUGGUCCCUCUACUCCUGCAACACACACCCAGAGAUCUGAGGGAGUCACUGUCAACCUCAAGACAAAAGAUGUGCUAGUUGCAGCCGUGGCUCAGCUCCCUCGAGGUCCCUUGUUAAAAAGGGGUAGCACCAUCACACUGAUCUGCAACGCCACUGUGAAAACUACAGGUCCUGCCCAGGCUCAGGUGCAGUGGCUGCGGUGGCCAAUCCCUGCACCUUUCAUCAAGAAGGAACAGAGCACAGGUCCUUAUGUCACUCUACCAGCUCCCCCUGUUGAGGAAAAACCCAAACUGGUAGCUGCCCUCAUGUAUGACGGUGUAUCAAAGAUCUACACUAACACCAGUGAAGUUAGCAUCGACCGCCUGUCCACUGUCAGCUACAGACUGAGGGUCCACACAGCAACAAUGGAGGAUCAGGGCAUGUAUGCGUGUCAUGCUGAAGCUUGGGGACAGGACCCACAUGGAGGCUGGUACAACACAGGGGCCAGAUCAGAGUCAAAUGCAGUGACUGUUUACCUGUAUGCCAGAGCUGCUGACCUCCUCCUCAUCCCUCUGGUUGUUGGAGUGGCCUCUGCCUUGUUCGUGGGCAUCCUCAUCAUAGCAACAGUAACUUGCUGCUUCAUGAAGCGUCUGGCAAGGCAGCGCGCUCAAAAAUAAGCUUCUGCUGUGGCUGGCUUUGGGAAAUCUGAAUGUUCAUAAGGAGGCACAACAAGGUGAUGCGCAGGACAUUACGGAUGAAAUGGUAAAGAAAAAUGAAUUCAAAAACGACUCAAACUGGUACUAAAUUGUCUGUGUUUUGGACCCAACAUUGUAACAAUCAAUGCCAAAAGAUUCAGUUUUAUAUUCUCUUGUAUUUUUAUAUCCAAACCUUCUCUGAAAACAAUGUAUUUUGGUGAUAGCUCCAUCUCAAACAAGUAGACAGACUAAUGUAGAUUUUUAAAGCCAACACUCAGUGACCCCAUUAAUCUCAGCCUCAAAAACCUUUUGAUGAUCCUUUAUUCCAGUGUAUCAUUCUUUAACUUUAAAAGACUCAAAAUACAGGCAAGAUUUCUUACAAGGACAAAUAUGAAAAAAGGAUUUCAGAUGUGAGGUUUCUGCAGACGUUGAAAAUUAUCUCUCAGAAGUCAUCGUUUCAUUGCUACAGUGUAAAAACACCAAAUUGUUCAGAUGUUUUCAAUUGGUGCUGUAUCCCACAGUGAUAAGUGAUGGUUCUGUUUCCACACAAACAAAAAUUAAUGGUUCUCACAAUAUGAUGAUUGUGUUCCAGUUGUUCUUUCCUCAAACAGCAUGCUUUUCUUGUAUUACAAACAUCGACAAAGCCUGAACGUCUCUGCAUGCUUAAGCCUCUAGCACUGCCACUGACAGUCACAUGAAUGCUGAUGGGAGCAGUUAAGCCUCCAGAAACUUAAUACGAGAAGGGAUCUUCCACUGCCUGCAGUCAGGCCGCACUGAGCAUGUAAACAAAGUCUCUGUCUGUUACUUAAUGAGGAAGGCUCAGGCCGAGGACUUUCUGAUGCCAAGACCAAUUGAGAAGUGAUUCUAAACACGAGCAUUCCUUGCCUGUGACGCUGACACGCUGAAGUGAGUUUUCUUUACGGACUUGUAUAGAUUUGACGAAGAGAAAUGGAAAAGAUAUCCAUUAUGCACUGAGCUAAAAUGUGUAAAUAUUGUACGGAGUUUUGCUGUUUUAUUUUUCUUAAUGUAAGUAAGGCUGUAGCCAUGUUAGUCUUGUGCAAAGCACCCCUGUUUAACAUUCUGCAGCAGUAUGCUCUGCUCUUUUCAAGCACUUGGACAUAAACAGGACUGGGACCAAAGCCCCUCUUUAUCCUUCUUCUACUUGAUUUUUUCCAGUUGAAAAGUCACUUCUUUGCUGUGCUUGAGGAAGCUUUCUUUCCUCUUCUUCUUUGUGUGAUGGUUCCUUUGCUCCUGUAAAGUGACUGAGCUAGAGAAAGUACUGUGAAAAAGAAUCCCCUGUUUGUUACACUGAGCAACAGAAAAUCUCUUGUGUUGUGUCACACUGUUUAGGCUCCUGGAGGUUAAAAUCUCCUGAGCUGUGCAGUCAUAUGACUUGAUGAAGUCUCAAUACCCUCAUCAUCAUAGUCAUCAUGUGGUCAAGGCCGCAUAUUUCUACUGCCAAGACUUAUUAUGACUUUAUCCCCUGCUGCUAGCCCGCAGAAAUCUGUUUGACAGAUUUACUGUGUCUGCGCACUUAUAAUGAGUGAAAUCCAUCCUCCUCUUCCUGUUUAAAAUAACACUUAAGAACAUUGUGGUCAAAGAGUGUGAUCUAUUGAAGCUGGAAAUGUGUUAAUGGAAAAGAGACAAAUAGUACUAUUUGUUGUCAUCCAGCUGGCAGCUCUCUAAUGAGACUCUUCCAGGUCAAUUUUCCCCUGUAUCUUUACAUUUCUGUUCUCUGAGACAUACUUUAGGUUCUCGGUUUUAGUUUUUUUUUACACGAGAGUCCCUCUAAAAUCUGCCUGUCCUCCCUAACCUGUGCUCUCUCUAAACCCUGAUUAUAAAUGUUGUUCACGAACAUUAGGGAAUAAAAUCACAGCUCUGCCCGCUUCCAGAGCCACUUUGCUCCAGAUCAACUCCUCAAAGCUGAUUUUGCUCACUCACACACCCGCCCACCACAUGAUUACACAUAAACACACACACAUACACGUGCACACAGUGGCAGCAGAGGCACAGUGCUCUGCUGGCUGACAUUCCCGAUAGAAGUAUGUGAGUAUCUGCGUGUUCAUCUGUAAUCCCUGUUUAUGGCUGCAGUGUGUGUCCUGCUGUCCCUCCCCCUCCCUCUCACUGUGUUCCAGUCGGCCAUGCUCGCAUUCGAUUCAUUUCAAUCUCUAUUCCCUGAGAAUUACAGCCAGCUGUGAAAAAGUGUAGCACAUUGCGUGCAGAGUGUGAAAGCUGCUGUCUAAGUCGUACUUUUCUUUGAAGAUGUUUAAAACCCUUUCUUGAAGGUGUUAUGUUUUGUUUGUAUUGUUUACUCAUGCUUUAAAACCACUGUUCCGUAAUGCAUCUUGCUGCCAUUGAAAUGUAUAAAGGCGGAUUAUUGCUCAGUUUUUUUCUUAUGGUGCUUUGGCAAACCUGCCAGUUGAUAAACCAAUAAAAACACUCUGGAUUUAUAAUGUCACUUAA